UGAAGAAAACGUAAUUUUUGGAAACAUUUCGAAAUUAGCAGUGGAACCGUUAAGAAAGUGCAACCGUAAAGUGAUGAAUUUUUUCCACACACUUGCGAUACUGGUGACAGUAAUUUCAUUAACACAAGUCCAAGCUGAUGUUUCCGUGUCAGGGGAGAAAAAGCACAACGAUGUGAGAAAUGAAGGCUACACCUACCCACAACCCCAAGUAAAACAGGAUGAUGACAAACAAAAGGGUGACUCCACAACCUACAGGCAUUCCAAACCUAAAGCCAUAGAUGAUCCCUUGCCAGAGAAAGUGAAUUAUGUGUAUCCUGUGGUGGUGGACUUUCACCAUGCAGAGGAACAUCAAUGGAAGCCUUUGUUCGAACCAGUUUUUGCUCCCAGCUAUUUAACACCCAAAGAGGAGUUAUCACCGCCUUUGGAUAAAUAUAGGGCAAAGGAUAGUUUCAAGCAUACCAUAACCAGAAAACCUUACAGUUCGAAUAGUUCCUCUUUGAAAAGUCAAACUGCAACAAGUGCCGGCAAAAGUCAUAGCACAACUACUCAAAGAACUACAACCUUAAAGCCCAAGACCACUACAACUACAAGAAAAGUGAUAACAACCACCACUCCCAAAAGGACAAGCACAACCCGCAAAACUCCAACAACCAAAGCCACAACUCCCAGAAGUACAAUCACAACUAGAUUUACAACUCCCAGAAUUUAUGCCACCACAAAAAAAUUGAGCACCACCACCAAAGCUCCUGCGAUACAUCGACCAAUUCUAUUCGAACCACAAUCUAUGGAAGAUGAGUAUAAACCGGAAAUGCAAUAUCCAGCCAAAUUCAAUGCCUUCAAGACAGGCGAUGAGGAUAUGGUGUAUGUCAAUCACCAUCAUGGUCCCAAAUCCAGUUUCGAGUUAUUCAAUGUUCAUGAUGAAAUUCCAUUGUUAUCAUCGCCACCUGAGGUGAUUUUCAAACCGGGAGAUGAUACCUCAUUUGCCGAUGAUCUCACAGUGUUCGAUGACUAUGAGCACACAUUUGGUCCUCCAAGGCGGUGGCCUAAGCACAGCACUACAACAGCGAAACCUGAGGAUUAUUCCACUUCCCCCAAAAGUUUAGGGCAUGAGUCGUUAGACGACAAAUCCUCCGAUGUUACUGCAAACUCGAAUCAUGGCUAUGUUUAUGAAAAGCCUUCCCUAGCAUUUGAAACGUAGGUCAGUGAAGUGAAGAUUAAUCUGUUGUCAUUUGUUCUGUGGUUUUUUUUUAUGUUAAAAAAAAAAUAUACCUGAAUAUCAUCA